GCCGACCAUAUGGUGGCAUAAUUCUGGGGCUCUCUGCAAGUUUAAUGCUAGGGUGGGGCUGCCCCCUGUCCUCUUUUGGGCUCUCCUAUCUCGAUUGCCAAAUGCACAUGAAAACCGUCUUCUUUCCCAUGUUUUCCUGGCACACUCACCUAUGAUUUUUUGAAUACUUUGAGAAGACUGGCUCGUUAUCCAGGAUCACUCCUUAUAUCAUGUACACAUACAGCCCUGUUCCACCUCGUGAGGAUGAGGAGACUCUCCUUCCCCAUUCCCCUACAUUCUCACAACAGCGAGGCGCUGGUCGCCACCUACCUGCAAUGCCAUCCUUGGGAAACGUUUUGGUUCGGACCUGGCUAUUCAUACGACCAAGCUUUAUCUUCAGAUCGGCGCCGGCUGAUGAUUCUGAAAAGCCAUUGCCUGCUCCGCCAAAGAAGCAUUCGACCGAGUAUCUAGACGGUGUUCGAGGCGUGGCGUCCCUUAUUGUCUUCAUUCUACAUUGGAGUCACAUUCCCUAUCCUGCUGUCAACAGUGGAUGGGGUUACAAGGGCAAUACGUCAUUCUGGUUAUUACCGUUUGUGCGGAUCAUCCACUGCGGCGCGGCUAUGGUGGCAGUGUUUUUCGUCGUAUCUGGUUUCGUAUUGUCACACCGUUACAUCCAGCGCAUGCACCGCCGGGAGUACAACGAGCUGGCCGCGUCGCUUACGUCCAUCACAUGGCGCCGAGCCAUUCGCCUGUUCCUACCCGCCUUUGUCUCCAGUCUGAUGGCAUUUUUCUGUGCCUGUAUGGGCAUCAUCGUCGUUCCCCACAAGGUCAAUGGCGAGGCGUUCGAGCACAGCUUUGGAGCGUACCUUGAGUUCCUUGAUCUCGAGUCUAACCCGUGGGACUGGACCGCCGAGUUCUUCGGCUUCUACAACCCUCAGUUGUGGUCCAUCGCUGUGGAGUACCGUGGCUCUAUGGUGAUUUUCUUGAUGGUCCUAGCGCUUGCGAGGACACGCACUGCUAUUCGCCUGGCUGUUGAGGCCAUACUCAUCAUUCAUUCGUUCGGUCACAAGCGCUGGGAUGUUGCUCUUUUUGUCUGUGGCAUGACACUUGCCGAACUUCAGGUCAUCCUCCGAAAGCCUACGAGUGGGCUGAAGCUGAGACUGGUUAACGCCUUGCUCAUCAUUUCCCUCAUAAUUGGUCUCUUUCUUUCCGGAUAUCCACGUGACGGUAACAUACAGACGCCAGGGUACAGGUGGUCCAAGAAUCUUUGGCCCUACUCUGCUUACCGUCGUCGCUUCUGGAUGGCUAUCGGUUCAAUACUAGUCGUCGGCCCGAUGAUCUUUAUGCCGUCCGUUCAGUCAAUAUUUAUGACUCGGCCCAUCCGGUACCUCGGUCGUAUCAGUUUCUCUCUUUACCUCGUUCACGGCCUCGGUAAUCGGACUGUGGGAAAAUGGCUUCUUAAUCUCUGCUGGGAAUAUAUCGGAAAGGAUGAUUUCUGGCCCUAUACUAUCAGCUUCAUUGUGUCGACAGCACUGUACUUUCCAUUGGCUUUCUGGGUCGCCGAUAUGUUUUGGAGGGCUGUGGAUGUCCCCUCUACUGAGCUGGCAAAACGGCUUGAGAAGGCAUGCACUUCACCGGCGGAGCCAGAGCGAUAAUGGAGAGAGGCAUUCCGUAUAUACUUGCUGCAAUUCAAAGACGAAGGCGCUGCGUAAAUAACACAGAUAACUUAGAAGCCAUUACUCAGAGUACACCAAUAGACUAA